AGAUCUUCAUUCCACGGACUCUGCAAGAGGUGGAGAAGUUUGAGGAGGAUUUCCAGAAGAUGAGGAUGGGGGAGGGGAGGGAUAUUGCCUACUCUGUUGUGACCGGGAUGAGACCUGAUCUGACUGGGGCUCAGUGUGUGCCUCAACUGCUGCAGCAGGGAGGAGAAGAGGAGGGAGGUGGAGAGGAGGGUGGGUGUGAGGGAAAGAGGGAAGUGGGUAGUGGGGAGAGUGAGGACGAAGAAUCAUCAGAUGGAGAUUGGGAGGAGGAGGAAGAGGUGGAGGGGGAAGAAAGUGGAGAAGGGGAGGAAAAAGACAAACAUGUGCUGUAUGUUCAUCCAAGAGGAACCAACAAAGGAGAUCCUGCCCAGUUAGAGCUGAAGAGAGCACACAAGGCGUCUGUGAAAGAAGAGAAGAGAGAAAAGCGCAAGACCAAGGUCCCCAAACACGUCAAGAAGAGAAAGGAGAAAUUGUGGAAACUGAGACAUAGCAAAUAG